AUGACCGCUGAAAAAUCACCCGUUUUCCUCGACACUCAGCCGGGACCUGAUCACGACUGGAAGAUCACCCUGAAAGACAAAGUCAUUGCCAUCACCGGCGCCAACCGAGGCAUCGGACUUGCCCUUGCACAAGUUUGCCUAGCGAACGACGCAGCGGCCGUCUUCAGCCUGGACGUAUUCGAGCCCGGCGAAGAAUUCACCUCGCUGCAAAAGACCAACCCAAAACGUCUAUCCUACAUUCACUGCGACGUGACCUCCGAGGAGAGCGUCAGCUCCGCAAUCGACGCCGUUAUCACCGCACGCGGCGCCAUCCACGGCUUCAUCGCCAACGCCGGCAUGACGAAGCACCAACCAGCCUUUGACUUCAGCCGAGCUCAGCUCGAUCAAUUAUUCAAUCUCAACGUGUUCGGCGCCUACUCCUGCGCGACGACCGUCGCCCGCCGCUUCAUUGAUCUCGGUAUUAAGGGUUCCAUCGUCUUCACGGCCUCUAUGACUUCGUAUCGCCCUAACCGUGCGGCGCCUUCGGCACCCUACGGUGCUACCAAGGCUGCUGUGCGCAAUAUGACACAUACGCUAGCCAUGGAGUGGGCAAAGCAUGGCAUUCGUGUCAACUCUAUCUCGCCAGGUUUUAUCAAGACUGCUAUGACUUACUUUGUGGAUCAGGCGCCGGACUGGGAUCUCAAGAUGCAGUAUUACGGGGGAAUGCCGAGAUUGGCGGAUCCAAAGGAGCUAGGAGGUGCUUAUGUCUAUCUGCUUUCUGAUGGUGCUUCGUAUACGACUGGUAUUGAUAUUCCGGUUGCUGGGAUUGUGGGGGCGUGGUAG